UGGAAGUUGAUCUAUUGGUACAUGUAAAAGUUCGGAUACUAAUGUCCGGCAUAUACCCGAAAACCCCCAAUUUUGUGAUAGCAAUAUUUCAAGAUUUGUAAGACACCAGUUUAGUCAUAAUAGAUAACAAGGAAGGGAAUCGGAAAAAGAUAAUUUUCAAGGUUUAUGCUUUUUACGAGAUCAAUUGUUAAAUCAAAGGUCAGUUCAAGAAGAAUUGUUAAAGUUUUAGUUAAUAAAAUGCAUAUAGAAUCAAUUCCUAUGAGGUGGGGUAGUGGAAAUAAUUAUGCUUACUUAUUAAUUGAUAGUCCGACAAAGCAUGCAUGGUUAAUUGAUCCAGCUGAACCUGAAGAAGUUUCUGAUUAUAUUAAGGAAAAGAAACCUAAUUUUGAAUUAAAAGCAAUUGUUAAUACUCAUCAUCAUUAUGAUCAUGCUGGAGGAAAUCAAAGUUGGCAUUCAAAAUAUCCUGAUUUACCAAUUAUUGCUGGUAAAGAAUCUUCAUUAGUUACUUAUACUCCAUCAAAUAAAGAAGUUAUUGAUUUAGGUGAUCAUUUAUCUAUUACUGCUUUACAUACUCCAUGUCAUACUCAGGAUUCUAUUUGUUAUUAUGUUUUAGAUACAAAAACAAAAGAAAAAGCUGUUUUCACUGGUGAUACUCUUUUUACAAGUGGAUGUGGAAGAUUCUUUGAAGGAACUGGAGAAGAAAUGAAUGAAGCUUUAAAUCAUAUUUUAGGAAAAUUACCAAAGGAUACUAAAGUAUAUUCAGGUCAUGAAUAUACUGCUUCAAAUAUAAAAUUUUCCAAGACAAUUUUGAAUAAUGAAGCUCUUAAGAAAUUAGAAAAGUUUACAAAUGAUAAUGAAUUCACUACUGGUGAAUUCACCAUUGGAGAUGAAUUAGAAUUUAAUCCCUUCAUGAGAUUACUGGAUCCUAUAGUGCAACAAAAGACUGGAUUUACUAAUCCUUCAGACGUUAUAAAUAAACUAAGAGAAUUAAAAAAUAGUUUCUAGAAGAUAAAUAGCUAUAGUUUUAAGUAUUUUAGUUUAGUUUGAGUUUAGUUUUAAUUCUUUGUUAUCCAUUACUGAUUACUGAUUACUGAUUGCUUUUUGUUAUAUUUAUUAUCUAUAUAU